CUGAAGGAGGGGGUAAAGAAGAGGAACACUAAAAAGAGGAACACUAAAGCAGAUUUAACCAAAAGAGUAGAGGAGAGUUUGGCUCAGCAGUCUCAAGGAGGUGUGUGGAUGGCAGAUCGUCCAACCUUCUCUUUCUUGAGUUGUCUGCUCUGCCAUUAUCUUCCACUCAUUUUUGCUUUGUCUUGUGAUUCACUGGUAGAAAGUGAAGUGAAGUCAAUUAAAAUCCCCCCCGACACAGUGCAAUUAUACAUUGAGGACUGUAAUGCAAAAAGCAUUACAUACAACGAGAAGGAUCGUCCAAGGCUACGUUUAUUCAAUCUCUCCUCUCAUUGUAUCAGGACUUUGCCAAAUGAUGUUCUUCCACAUCUGAAAAAGAAAUGUCAAAAAGAGCUUCCAGGAUUAUUUUUAAACUCCACCCUAAGAGGAAUUACAUUUGUCUGCACCUGUGAAUUCAUUAAGGGCUCCCCCAUACCACGAAACAACAGUGCUUGUGCAGAAAUGUUAAAAAGCUGUGGAAAUACACCAGUGGCCACGUCUGUAGGAAUUUCCCUUCUUUUCCUCUUGUUAAUCUGUGGAAUUGGGUGUGUUUGGUGCUGGAAACAUGGUAACCCGGUGCAUUUUCCCUUACCAAGGGUCUUGCAAAGGAGAAGCAGCAGGAGAAAAGACAAUACUAAAACACUCUCAAGUUUCCUCACUAUCAGCUCAAGGCCUAAAAUCUCAGUUCAGAACCAGCACUGCAGAUCUUCUGGAAGAGGGACUAACACGCAUGGCAACUAUGAAAAUGUGGAAAGUGGUGCUCCCAAACAUAAAGAGGUAACUGAUAAAGAACUGUAUGAGAACACUUGGCAGACCAAUUGUGAGGAGCAUAUCUAUGGAAAUGAGAUGUCACCUCAAUAUUAUAACUUCCAGAAACUUAAUACUUCUGAAGACCCUCAAGAUGAAGACAUAUAUAUUCUUCCAGAUUCAUAAUAACUUUUGAAAAUACUGGGUUUAUUAUCAGAGGAUAUUCACUGGGACUUUUAUUUUACAGAUAUCAUUGUUAAUCAUGUUCUCAGUGAACUCAGUGAUCUUUCAUCUAUCUCCAUCCUCUGAACCUUUGGUGAAUUGCUGCAGGUUAAAUUCUCUUCACUAACUUUUCCUAGAUUAAUUCUGUGUUAUGUUAUAUUGAUUCUUCCUUCUAAAUGUUACAUGUUCCCUUUCUCUCUUAUUUCUAUCUCCACCAUCUCUUUCUGGCUCAAGAUUAUGUCAGUCUUCUAACUCGUCUUUCUGGCUCCAGAUUCUACCUAUUCAGUCAGUUCCCAUGACACUGCCAAAUUUACCUUCAGAAAAUAGUUCCAGUGCCACACCACUCCUUCGCAUAAAACUUCUUUUUUUUUUUCACAUAAAACUUCUUAAUGGCUCCUCUUUGCAAAAGACAUACUGCUUAUAAUUCUAACUCCAGAAGCUGCUAUUUUCCACACUUGAUUCGAGUUCUUUUUCAGUGACUUCUAGUAAUUUCUCACUUCUCUGCUUUCAUCAGAAACAUCUGAAAACCUGCCAGACUCCUCCAUCUUCCUUGACUUCGCUUGUCUGCCCCCCCCUUCAAGCCUGCCUCAGGUGGCAGUUUCUUCCACAAGUCUUCUGAGUUAUUCCAAACCUACCUUUAUAUUUUCCUUUUCUCAUCUCCUGUGGACUUUGCUGCCUGUUUAAUUCUCUGGGCAUUUAAACAUGUGAAUGCUUUCUGUGGCAUUUUAUGAUUUAAUGUCAUAUGAGAAAGUCUUAAAUUCCUUGCUAAAUAACAAGGAAGGGCCUCAUCUUCAUAUUUAACUCAACUGCCUAGACCAUCAUAUGAGGCAUUUGGUAUUAUUCAGUUGACAAAGAAUUAAAUUGUACACUUUGCUCACUAGUUUUGAGAAAAAUCCAAUAAAUUCAUCCACUAAAGAAAUA